GUUAUUUUUUUCCCGUCUUUUUGAAGCGGAAAUUCCAACGUGAGCUACGAAGCUUCCAAUCGGCUCGUCGUCGUCGUCACUCUGCUCCGCCUCCAUCUCUGAUUCUCGAAUCCCAACUUCCAUGGCGGCGAUCACAACGAACCCCACCGCUCUUCUUCUUCAUUUCUAUUCUCCUCUUCCACAGUUUCAUCACUUCACUUCUUCCUCCUCUAUCACUUCCAGCUCCACCGCCGUCAGAUUCUCUCACUUCCACCUUGCCAACAAGCCUUCCAAUCGCCAAAUCCUCCCUCUAGUCAAGGCCGCCCAAGGCUCCCUCGAUUAUGUGCCUGAUUCCAAAUUCUACAAAGUGGAGGCCAUCCUCCGGCCAUGGAGAAUCCAAAAUGUUUCUUCGGCAUUGCUGAAAAUGGGUAUUCGAGGUGUAACGGUAUCUGAUGUGAAGGGCUUUGGUUCUCAAGGUGGAUCCACAGAGAGGCAUGGUGGGUCUGAAUUUUCUGAAGACAACUUUGUCGCUAAAGUUAAGAUGGAAAUUGUGGUCGUUAAAGACCAGGUUGAAGCUGUCAUCAACAAGAUAAUUGAGGAGGCAAGAACUGGUGAAAUUGGCGAUGGCAAAAUUUUUGUGAUACCAAUCUCGGACGUGAUUAGAAUUCGUACAGGCGAACGUGGAGAAAGAGCGGAGAGGAUGACCGGAGGUCGAUACGAUAUGUCUGUUAAUCAAGUAGGACAUUAAGAAAGAGAGAAUGUUUUGAGUUUGGAACUUUUGUUCCAUGGUCUUGUCGCUACCUUCCUCAGUUUGGUCCUGUGGAGAUGAGAAAUAAAAGAAAUUGUAAGUUAGAUAAGUUUCUCUCUUGAAAACAUCGGACUUGUAAAUAUGUAACUUCCUCAUGUUGUCAUAAAAAUGAACCUCGUUAGGUAAUAAUCAACGCGUAAGCUACUGUACCAUUUUCCUGAUGUACCUCUGAUUUGGAUUUUGAUGGUGAAUCCAGAGGAGACGACUUGCCUUGUU